GGGCUGUUGCACUCACCACAGCAGCUUUUUUUUCUGUCACUAGAAGGGUGUCUCUUUGUCUCCGCAAUAUGUCUUACAGUGCUUCUUUCAAACAGUCGACUAAGUCAGGGAAUCAAGGAUAUGGAGGCAGUCAAGCUGGAGGUGCCUAUUUCUCCACUUCAACAGCUGGAGUUGGCUUUGGUGGUGCAGCUGGUUAUGGAGGAGGUUUUGCUUUUGAUGGUUCUGCUCUAGGCGGUGGCUAUGGCGGUGGCUAUGGUGGUGGCUUUGGUGGUGGCUAUGGUGGUGGAUUUGGUGGUGGUGCCGCUGGUGGCUUUGGUGGUGGUGCCAGUGGUGGCUUCGGUGGUGGUGCUGGUGGAACGAUAGGCAUCGGUAAUGAGAAGGAGGCAAUGCAGGAUCUCAACGGUCGUUUGGCAUCUUAUCUGGACAAAGUCCAUGAACUGGAGGCAAAAAAUGCUGAGCUUGAACGUAAGAUUAAGGAAUGGUUGGACAAACAUGGGCCAGCACCUGCUGAAGCACCAAAGGACUACAGCAAAUAUUACAAGGAGAUCGAGGACCUUAAAGUUAAGAUCAUCACAGCAUCCAAGGACAAUGCAGUCAUUCUAUUACAAUGUGACAAUGCCCGGCUGGCUGCCGAUGACUUCAAGCAGAAGUAUGAGAGUGAGCACGUCCUUUCCCAGGCAGUGGAGGCCGAUAUAAAUGGUCUCCAUAAAGUCAUGGAUGAUCUUAAUAUGUCCAAGACUGAUCUACAAUCUCAGCUUGAUGGGCUCACCGAGGAACUGACUUAUCUCAAGAAGAACCAUGAUGAGGAGGUUAAAGCCAUCAAAGCACCUGUAGCUGGUACAGUCAGUGUGGAAAUGCAUGCUGCCCCAGGUAGCGACCUGACCAAAUUGCUGAACGACAUGAGAGCUCAAUAUGAAGAUCUGGCUCAGAGGAACCGCAAAGAAGCAGAGGACAAUUUCAACAAGCUUAGCGCUGACUUGAAAAAACAAAUAGACCAAGGACAGACUGUAGUUGUUGAAAGCAGCACUGAAGUUACAAACCUCAAGAGAGCACUCCAAAGUCUGGAAAUUGAGCUUCAGUCACUACUUGCCCAGAAAAAAUCCCUGGAGAUGCAAUUAGCAGAGACCGAGGGAAGAUUCUGCACAAAACUGUCACAUAUACAGGAGAACAUCGCCAGCAUAGAGCAGCAUUUGGAGCAGCUCAGAGCCGAGUCCGAGUGCCAGAAGGAUGAGUACGAUCAGCUCUUGGACCUGAAGACCAAGUUGGAGGCUGAGAUCAAAACAUACCAGUCCCUGUUGGAUAAACUAGGGGCCAUAAAAGUCAGCCAAGGAGAGGGUCAAACACGUGGAGGUCAAACACGUGGACAAGACCAAAUGCAGAGUCAGACACGAGGCAGCGGUCAACAGAAACAUUAAAUGUGGAAAAACAAACCUGAACAAGCGUCUGGCCGGAGAGCUGUGUCUCCCACCAUGGUGGAAGUGGAAGAAGAAAACAAGAAAGAAGUUAAAAAGAGCAUGAAAAUUCCGUUUCGGCCCCCCAAAAUUCCACUUACCAUUAUAAUAUUUUCUUCUUUCUUUUCUUUUUGUGGGACUGCUUAUGAUUGGGGAGUGAACCCAUCGAUGAACCUGGGGAAUCCAUUGAUCGAUGAAGGACACUUUCUGUUUCUUGCUGUUUCCUGUCUUUUUUUGCAUUAUUUGUGCAUUAAACUCUUUUCUGAUGCAAGUUA